GGAUACAAGGAAAGUGAAAUUGCAGCAACAUUGCACAGCAUGACAUACACCAGAGCUUGGCCACACGUCCUCUUACCAACCCCUGCCUGCAUUCUCCCUGUCUGAAAAGGAGGACGGAAACCCUCGCACACCGCACGUGCAGUCGGAGCGGGCCACUGUCGUUGUGCCCGUCCUGAACGAAAAAUGGCAGCUCCGGCGCGUCAACCGGGAGUAUCGGUGUGGAAGAAUUCAUUGUAUUUCCGUUGGCUUUCAGUGUGGUCGAGGACAGUCACCGGCGAGCGACUGAGUUUGAGUUUGAGUUUGAGCACGGCAUUGGAAGCAUCAACGCGUCGCCCGGCAAGACAGGUCCAUCCCAUCGACAGAUCGUCCAUCCUCCUUUCAUUUGACUGCACAGGGAGCCUUCACAGGGAGCGACACGAUGAAGGCCAGUUGCUCACUGGCGGUCUUGUUCAGUCUCCUGCUGGUGUUGCUGAUGGCUUGUUAGCCGUAUAUGGAACCUCCGCGGGCGUGGAGUCCGCUGAGGACGACACGCACGGCUUCAACUCCAAGGCUAAAUUCGCACGAGACAAUGUCAUGCCUAAUGAGCUGGAGGCGACGGAGGAMGGCCGCCGCCUCCUAAUGAAUGGCUGCGCCAAGUGCGGGGGGAAAGAGUGUUGCCCCAAAGGAUGGUACUGCAAGUAUGGGAAGUGCGUGAAGCGUUACUGAAGGAGGAAAGAAUCAGGCAUGGAGGAGUUCGGUUGGGUGGGCAGUAGCUGAGAACGAGUUUCGCCGAGGUAUGCCGAUCAAUGUCAUCUCGAUC